UACCCUAAACACAGGUAUCGAUCAGCUGUUUUUUGACAACUGUAUGUAAACAGUUUUCUGUUAUUCAAGAAAAUUAUGUUUCCAUUUCCCAGUUUUCUGGCAUAUGGCAGUUAAUAAGUGAAAAAGUGUAUUUUUAAGACGACGGAUAACUAAGAUGUUUUCCGCUAUUAAGAGACUUACUAGUAAGGGAGAUGGAGGAUCCGGUUCGGCCAGUGGCCUUAAAAGCCCCAAUGUUCAAGCCAUGUCCUCAUCUUUGCAAAGAAAAUUUGCAAAAGGGGUUCAAUAUAAUAUGAAAAUCAUCAUCAAAGGUGACAGAAAUGUUGGCAAAACCUGCCUAUUUAAUAGGUUACAAGGAAAAAAGUUCAUUGAAGAGUAUAUUCCAACAGAUGAGAUCCAGGUUACUUCCAUACAGUGGAACUACAAGGCAACAGAUGAUGUGGUAAAAGUAGAAGUUUGGGAUGUUGUUGAUAAAGGCAAAAAAAAGAAAAGGUUUGAUGGACUAAAACUAGAAAACUCUCAGCUAGAAAUGCCUGAAGAAGCAGCUUUAGAUGCGGAAUUUCUUGACGUUUAUAAGGGCACCAAUGGUGUUAUUAUGGUGCUGGAUUUGACUAAAAGUUGGACAUUUGAUUAUGUCCAGAGAGAACUACCAAAAGUACCUGGUCAUAUUCCGGUAAUAAUUAUAUCUAACCAUUGUGAUAUGUCACAUCACAGGACUGUGACAACUGAUCAUAUUACUUAUUAUAUUGAGUCAAUUGCUAGCACUAGAUCUGCCCAGAUAAGGCAUACAGAAGCCUCAAUGAGAAAUGGAUUUGGUCUAAAGUACUUACACAAGUUCUUUAACUUACCUUUUCUGCAGCUACAAAAAGAAUCCUUACUAAAACAAAUAGAGAGAAAUGAAUCUGAAACCAAAGCCACUAGUCAGGAAUUGGAUAUGUUUGCCGAAUCAGAUGAAGCUAAUUAUGCCAAAUUUCUGGAUAAUUUGGUAAAAAAACGACGAGAAGUCGCAGAUUCAAAUGCAAACAUUCCGCCACCACUGUUAGAACCGCCCUUAAUUCCGGGAGCUGCUGGAGAUAUGAAAAGAUCACAGAGCUGCUCUAUUGUUAUUGGGGCAGGUAAACCAAUUCCCUAUGGAAAUAUAUCUCAAGCCUUUACAAAAGCAGCUGUAACACCUCAAGUACCUAAAAGUAUAAGCACUGGAGGCAUAUUGGUAAAGACACAGGAAAAAGACACUAUAGAUGGUAUGCCCGAUUUGAGGAAACUGGAUAUUAACCCGAUAACUUCUGUAGAUGAAUUUUGUCCAGACGGAGGUCAUUUAGGAGGAUUUUUGGAUGACGUACAGUAUCAUGCCCAAGGGCCUUCUAGGACAGUGGAGAACAUUGAAUCAGAUUCUGAUACAGAUACUGGAAAUCCUUUGGUGUCAGAACUGCAAGAAGAUUUUGAUCCAGAUGAUGUUCCCGUGUCUAGACCUAUGAAGGUAGUUAAGAAAAUUGAUCCUUUCUGUCAUGUGCCUGUUAGGGCAGGAAAGUCGGAUGGAAGCAGUGAAAUGGAUGUUGAAAAGACUAUUCCGGAAGAUUACGACAUGAAACAUACAAACGACGAGUUUGACUCCACAAUAAACUCAGAAAUUUCUGAGCUGACCUCUGACGUAUAUGAUGGCUGGGUGGCUCCUGAUACCAAGUGGCGAAGGUCACCAGAAGGGGGAGAAGAUACCUCCAUGGUGAGUCAAGUCUACGACAAUAGUGCCAAUAACAGUGCCAUUUAUGAUGACAGCGUAUCGGUGACGUCUUCGAAUGUUCACAUGGAACUGUUAACAUCCAGAAAAUCGCCAAGUUCUGGCAAUAAUAGUAACGAGAGCGAGAGUGAAGGAACACACGUUUCUAACUCGGCUAGAAAGGAAAAGAAACAUAGAGAAAAGGGUGAAAAGAAAGAUAAACAAAAAAAGAAAAAAUCAAAAACGAAACCCAAAGACGAGGACAAAGAAAAAAGUGAAAAAAAGAAAAAACGCAAAUCCCGAACAGAGUCGUCGCCGCGUGACGAACUCGAAGAGUUUUUGAAUGGCUCCAGCAGUCCGCCUGUUGAUGCCGCAUACGAAGCCAUUUAAUUCAAGGUAAUUAGUUAUGAGGAAUUUCAUUAUGUAUUUUUAUACUUUACUUUUUUAUUAAUAUAUCUUCUUGUUAAAAUUACGAAAUUUAGGUAUGCCAAAUUUUAAUCAGAGCAAAUGUCGAUAAUAAGCAUUUUACACAUCUCUUGAUAAUAAGAUUUUUCCAAGUUUUCUUACUGAACUUUAAAUAUAUUCUAUAUACAUUCACAGAUAUACUAAAGUGUCUCUAAAAGUUCUUACAACAUUUUACCAGAUAUAGAGUGAGAAACUUCACUUGUCUUCUAUUGCUUACAACUUACUGAUCUUAUUCCGACAAGGAGGUACUUUUUAUCUUGAUUAAUAAAGAGUUUAAUUUAAAAAAAAUGCAAUUAAGUCACUCAAUUUAGAGCUCAUAACCAAAUCAAGCCACCUAUUAAUGCAUUAUAUCAACAAACAAAUAAAACUGAAACUAACUUUAAACUUUACUUUUAAUUUAUUUUUUGAUAGUAAGCGUGAAAGUAUGUUUUUGAAGUUUGAUGUGCUCUAAAUUAAAGAAAACACGUGUAGCCAUACUAUUAAAUUUGUUUUAAGCCACUCUAUAGCUGGUUUAUAAAGAACUUUGAGAGGCAUCCUGUAUUUCCCAAUUCUAUUCUUCUAAUUUUCAUUUUUCUAAUUACCGAAAUAAAAAAUAUAUAUAUCAUGAGGCCUAAAAGCCUUUUUUGGCGCUGAUUAGUCAAAAGCAUCCAUUAUUCUAAAUUGCGCUUAUUGAUGUCGAAAUAUUAACUGUACGCGGGCGAGUGAUUGUUUAUUUGUUAAAUUAUUAUAUUUGUUAGUUAAUUAUUAUAUAUUGUGAUUAAUUAUAGAUAAAAAUUACUAUUUGUUACAUGUUUAUAAUCUUUACCAAAAAUAUUGGAAAUAUAUGACAUGCUUAACUAAUUA